AGUCAUGUAAUUGAUUUAUAAAAGAAUAAAAAGAGGGAGUAAAAUUAACUAGGUAAAUGCAUAAGCUGUUGGUAAACAUAUUUGUAUUAGAACACCAGCUACGGACCUUAUAGCUCCUUUAAUUACAGCUAAAAAUGGAUUUUGAUAAAAUAUUAAUAGACUUCGGUGAAUAUGGGCUAUAUCAAAAACAAUUAAUUUGGUUAAUCGUAUUACCGUGUGUCUUGCCAUGUGGGUUUCAUGCAUACAAUCAAUUAUUCAUGGCUGCUACCCCACAACAUUGGUGUAAAGAAGAAAAUAACAUCAAUUAUACAUCUAAAUUAAAUCAUUGUUUGAAUUCUAUGAAUGGUACAUGUGAUAAUUGGGAUUAUGAUUUGAGUCGGUAUUCAUCUACGAUUGUGACCGAAUGGAACUUAGUAUGUUCAAAACGAUUUUAUCCCACUUUUGCUUUGACGUUAUUUGGCUUGAGUGGAUUAUUUGGAAUGCUUUUAUUUGGAUUUCUUCAAGAUGGGCUUGGCAGACGACCUGCUUUUUUUAUAUACUUACUAAUUGAAAACAUAUUUGGUAUAGCUACAGCUUUUGCCAGAGAUUUUUGGACUUGGUUAUUUUUUAGAAUUGGUGUUGGGUUCACCAUUCCUGCAAUUUUAGCAACUCCCAAUGUACUUCCCAUAGAAUUUGUUGGACCUGCUCACCGGACUACUUGCAUUCUACUCACCAAUAUUGCUCACUCUGUCGGCAUGGUACUUUUAUCUUUGAUUUUGUACACUUUUCGAGAUUGGCGUCAACUUGCUUUGGCAACAUCAUUACCAUUUAUGACAUAUUUUUUGUACUGGUGGAGAUUUCCAGAAUCGCCAAGAUGGCUUCUUGCACGUGGGCAAUUUGAUAGAGCAAAAAUUAUUUUACUUAAAAUGGCAAAAACAAAUGGGAAAAAUAUACAAUCUGAUUAUUUUGUCCAAUUAAAAGUCACUUAUGAUGAGACUCUUAAAAUCCAAAAAAAUAAACCAUGUGAAAAUUAUAGUGUGCUUCAUUUAUUUAAGACACCAAACUUACGAUUUAAAACUUUAGCAGUGACUUUUAUAUGGUUUGUCAAUACGACUGUGUAUGUUGGCCUUUCAUACUAUGCCCCUGCUUUGAGCUCUGAUGAGCAUUUAAAUUUUUUUUUGGCUGGUGUUGUCGAGUUGCCCACUUAUAUAUUACUAUGGCCUGCCAUGAUGAAAUAUGGUAGGAAAAGUUUAUUAUGUACUAGUAUGUUGAUUGGAGGAUGUGCUUGUUUAGCUGCUACUUAUUCUGAGUUAGAUAACAAAUGGACACUGGUAAUGUUUUGUAUAGGAAAAAUGGGAAUAUCGUCGUCCUAUGUCGUUUUAUCAUUGUUUGCGCCUGAGCUAUAUCCAACUGUAGUGAGAGGUUUGGGUAUAAGUGUUAGUUCAGUUGCUGGAAUGAUUGGACCUGUUGUUCUUCCUGUUGUGAAUUAUGUGGGAACGGGGUCUCAGUUGACACUUGUAGUGAUGGGAGUUUUGCAAAUAUUUGGUGGUUUCGUCACAUUUCUUUUACCAGAAACCAAAAACUGUCAUUUACCUCAAACGUUGGACGACGGAGAAGAUUAUAAAUAAAAACUUGACAAAUUGACUUCUAUUAGAAAAAUGUAUUUAUUGUUUAUCAUGUGUUUUAAAUGCUCACAGUUUAUUAUACGAAAUAUUACACUUAUUUUAUAAUU